GUCGUUGCAGUUCUUCCCCCGUUCCCGCUCACAUUGAACAGCAGCGGCAGUUCCUUGCCCUCGUUCUCCAGGUGUAGAUUGGGAAUCGCAGAGUUUCAAAAUCCGAGAAUCUGCUGAAAUGGAAGAUGGGAACGGAAGUGAUUUAGAGAGAGAAGAGGAAGAUUCCGUGGGGGAGUUGCUGCGGGACCGUUUCCGCCUCUCUGCCAUCUCCAUAGUCGAAGCCCAAGCGAAGAAAAGCGAGAUAGAGAUAUCUGAACCAAUCACAGCUUAUAUCUCAGACUUGGCCUUCAAAUUCACAGAACAACUUGGCAAGGACGUAGAGCUGUUUGCGCAGCACGGUGGUCGCAAAUGUGUGAACAUGGAGGAUGUCAUUCUGUCCACUCAUAGGAACGAGUAUUUAACUUCAUUGUUGAGACCCUUAAGCAACGAAUUGAGGGCAAAAGAGCCACAAUCUGAAAGGAAGCGAAAGAAGACAUCAUCGUCUAAAAGGGAAGACGCCAACAACACCAGCAACAAGGACAACAAUGUUCCGCAAUUGUCCCCUGACCAAUGACCACUAAUAUAAGAUAAGAAACAUAUAUCUACAAAAUCCUAACAAAUGGAAGAUUUAGAGUUGUUCAUUAGUAUGGCUCAGAUUUAAUAAGAGACAAAGAGGAGCAUUCUGAUAAUUUUGGUACCCUUUUAUAUUAUCUUUGGCUGACACGGAUUAUUGAGGAAAGAGUACACCUUUGACCAGUCAAUUUUAUUUUUAAUAUUAUAUUUUUAUUAUCAUUUUCAUAUCAUUUAAAGUUUAAUUUUUUAAAACACGUAUUGGCUGUAGUCUUAUAUCAUAUCAUCAUGAUGAGAUGAUGAUAUGAUGACAUACCCAGUAGUAGAGUUAUGAUUUGAAUCUAGGUAUGCCUUUUUCAGGAGUCAUAGUUGGGGGAGUACUUCUAAACUCGUGCCCUGUUGUGUCAUCUAAUUUGGCGUCCUUCGCAGUUCUGCGCUCCGCAAACGAGUUUGAUUUUUUACCCAAGCUUUGCUCCAGAUGGGGAGUGUAAAACUAGCAUUGCGCAAAUUUUUAAAAACUCACCAUAACCCUCUCGUCGGUGAACUAGCUUUCCUGUCCUCUGCAAUGUCCAACUGUCCAAGCGACCUUUUUAUCUCUUUCCUCGAUCGAAUUUGAAUACAAAAAAAAAAACAUUAGAAACAUACAUCUGUAGUUAGGAAAUUUUUUAGAUAAGAAGGUAAAAAGCUUACCUUAGAACCUAGUCUUCGUCAUCUUCGAAACCAUCAGAAAUCCAAGUCAGGGACACUUUUCUUUUCCUAUGCACUUGUCGACAACUAGAAACUCAAAAUCGAAAAUGAAAAAAAAGAAGAAUAAGAUCCAAAACUGAAAAUGAGAAAAAUAAAUUAAAAAAUAAGCAUGCACUCUUAGUUUCGAACCCUUACUAACCUCUGACGUCCAUCGACGACGUCGUCAUCAAUGUCAAUCUUGUCGUCGCUGUCACCUUUCAUUUCCUCCUUUGAUCACCUAUGAUCGAGCUUGAAUUUUUAUUAUGAUGCUCACUCACUUCUAUCCUAACGAUGCUAAGUAUAACAAAGCUAGAGAUGUAGUAAAACGACUCGGUCAUAUUCCACAAAGUCUUGGAUCUACUGCUACAUCAGGACUAGUUUACUAUCUAACCUAAACGAUAACUGGGUGUGUACUAAACUAGUGGAGCGACUACCAAGAGUUUUAAUUCAAGUAUAAGAGAUGUACUCGGGGGCUAGUUUCUCCCUAACCUUAGAUAUACUGAGAGUUGAAUACGAAUGAGAUGUUCUUUCCCUAUAUGAUGUUGGAUUCCUCUUAUAUCUCUACUAGGGAAAUGGUACGUCAUGUCGCCAAGAGCACUUCUAGUAGGGUUCUAGACUCAAUGCUCAUGCAACUGAAAAAUUGCUAGGGCGGUAAGACUAUUCCUACGAGGGUAAACCCAAGGACAAACACAACUUUAACUCAAUGUCAUGCAAUUCAAAUCGUGUCUCAAUUAAUGUGUUCUUGGCUUGACCUAAGGGGAUGGUCACCUGAACCUCAACCUAGACCCAGAACUAACACUAUCCACCUACACUAAAGCAAAAUAAUGGAAUCAUAAAAUAUCAAUUUACCAUAGGGAGAGAAUUCAUAUAUUCAUAAUCAAAACCCUAACAUCCAUCUAAAGGUUCGGGGUUCUUACCCCAAGAACAAAGGGGAUUACCCUGUACAAGAGGACGAGAAAACAAGAAGAAAGAGGAGUGAACCAUUGGCUUCAUAAACACUAGCUAGAGGCUAGCCUUCAAUCAUCAAGAUGACUCCCUUUCUUCUUCUUCUCUUCCCCUCUUCAAAGGAACCCUAGGAUCCUCUCUCUAACCCACAUAUCUUUCUCUCUCUUGAAGAGUCAAAGCCACAUAAAAUCCCUAGGCUAUCUUGUUCCUUCAACAACUCAUCUAUUUAUGGACUUUAGAAAUCUCGGGCAAAAUCAUGGUUGAGGAGCAGAAGAUCGCAGCUAUGAUAUGGAAGAGAUGCACGCGAUCCUUUGACGUAGUCAUUUUGAUAUGGGAAGGGCAAGAGAUCGGGCCAUGUUGUACACGACUGCGAACAAUAUCUCGUGGCCAUGAACUUUCUCGCCGCUUUGGCUAAAGGGGGCUGCGAUCCAACUGUCGAGACCUUCUAUUCUCUUUUUGUUGCCUCCUGUUGAAGUUCAUGGCUGAUGGCCCUGAGGUCGUGGUCGCGGUCUCCCUCAUUCCAAAUCACACGACAUUGUCCUAGAUGAUGACCAUGAACUUGGUGUAGUUGUCCAUCUCUCGUGGCAAUCUCAAGCAUUCUUUUCGAGAGAUGUUGCCAAAGAGUGAACCUUGUUGGGGUGAAGAAAUCAAAUGCAUUAUUCUCCAUCGUGGUUAGGCAUGACCUAAAAUAUUCUUCACUUAGAUGAAAUUUCGUUUUCCAUUGUGCAGUUUUCUUGAUUUUUCUUCCUCCAUCCAAUGUCGUGUGAUUUAUUGAUGAGGCUUUCAUGUUCCCUGAAUCAACAUUCUUGAUUACUAACAUUGAGAACAUAUGGACAGACUCCAUACAUUGAUCUAAUUUCUUCGAUUUGAGUGCUAGGUUGGUUGGGGGAGUACUAAUAUCCUGAGGCAUAUUUAUGAUGAGCUUCCUAUUUCUUGACUAGAGCAUAACUCUUUGAUUAGCUAGCUCAGUCGUGGUUCAUUUCGUUGCUAGGAAAAGUCUCCCUAAUAUAAUUGGUGUAUUUUCUUCUCUCUUUGUAUCCGAUAGGAUGAAAUCCACCCGGUAGAUACAUUUUCCCACCUUCAAUCGAAUGUCUUCAAUGGAUCCCUUAGAGUGGACUAUUGUUCCAUCGGCCAUUUGGAUAGCUACUUUUUUGUCUUCAAUCCCUCCAGAGACAACCUCUUAAACAUGUUGUAUGUCAUCAUAUUCGUGCUAACCCCAUGGUCAGCCACGACUCUAUCGGUUGAUAUUUCUCCCAUCUUGCAAGGGAUAAAGAAAAUACCCAGAUCUUCGCAUUUUGAUGGUGCCUUGUGACGAGGUAAGUGUUGCCUUGCCUCAUCUGAUCCUUCUAUGAGCUGAUCUUCAACCUUUGAUGUGGUUGAGAUAGAGUAGACUACUUUUUGUUCCUUGAGUGCUGGUUUGACAAACUUUAAAGUUGAAAAUGUAUAGUUGCUCUUCGUACCCUGAUCGAUUCCCAUUUGUUCAAAAUUUUCCCACAAUCUUCCUCUAGGGUUGAUUGGAGUAACUUAUGAUGAUUUAGCUAGCAUAAAUUUGUCCUCCAAAUCCCCACAUGAACUAGUUUUCUGAGUUUUUGUAGGGACGAGACCUCUUCUCGAGACUACCUCCUCUUUUCGCUUAGACAACAUUUGAGUAACGAACACCAAAGAAGUUGACAUGUUCUCCAUAACGGUUGAAAUUCUCUUUUGCUCAGCUUCUCGAGAUUCCAUAUGAUGACUUGUUCGCCUAACAAAUACAUCCAAGCUAUCAAACUUCUUCUAGCUUACAACUAUCCAUUGCAUCAUUGUUUCCAUAAGUGUGCCUAUUCAACUUUCGAGUUCUUGAUCACGAAUUUUUUGAGUAAUCACCCAUCGCUCGACCAACUUCUCUUUCCAUAUCUACACACACUUAGUAACACCUGUGAAUGCAACACAGAAAAUAUAUGUAUAGAAACAUAAAAUGAUAUUCUGAAAAGUAAAAAUGGGUAAAGUAGUAACGUCAUCCUUUUUCACAAUAACCCAAAGGUCCCCGGCAACGGCGUCAAAAACUUGAUUGCAUGUGAUCAAGCUUUAAUUUCUAUUACGAUGUUCACGCACUUCGAUCCUAACAAUGCCAAGUAUAACAAAGCUAGGGAUAUAGUAAAGUGGUUCGGUCGUAUUUCACAAGGUCUUAGAUCUAUCUACUGUUACUUCAGGAAUAGUUUACUAUCCAACCUAAAUGAUAAUUGGGUGUGUACUUGAUGACUCGAUAUUUGCACAUGUUUUCCCCUUUGUUUCUUGAUCGUUUAAGCUCGCAUUAUCGCUUCUUUGGCCUAUGUUAUGCUAGGUUGUGUUCUUUUGUCACAUUUCAGGUCCUAGCACAUAAAGUGAAGCAUAGGCACAAGUUUCAAGUCAAUCGGAGAUCAAUUGGCGACUCGGGGGAAGAAACUCGGGCUUGACUUGAAGAAGAAUGGAUUUAUACCUCAUUUUGUGACCAUAUAAUCAUGUAAGCUUGUCAUGAGAAAAAAGAGGACGAGACUACGAGCGUCUGGGAUCAAAUGAUUAGAGUCGAACGAGGGAGCAACGAAGAAUCAAAGACAGGGGACCCGAAACUGUGAAAUACCCGGUAUUUUGAGCAUAUGAUAGGGCAUUUUUGGUAGAAUCAGAAGUCCCCCCGGUCGUGAACCAAAAAUACCCGACUGGGUAUUUUCCCUUUUGCCCAGAAAAGUGAUCCGGUGCAUUUUGUUGAUACCAGACCGGUUCCCUAAAUACCCGACCGGGUAUUUGGAUCGGUUUUCGCGAACGCAGGUUGUUAAAAGCCUGUUUUGUGCUUUUUUGGAGGGGGAGAGCUGGGUUUUGGAACCAAAACACCCAAGGGACGAACCAAAGAGAGAGAGGACGAUUUGAGGGCAAUCUUGGAGUGGAAUUGGAGGAUUUUUUCGCCUUGGAAGCUCGAGGAACAAGCCCGGACUUGAAGACUGAUCAUCUGAAGAUUCUUACUGCAGUCUCUCUCUUCUCUAUGGAGUAACUUCCCUUCACUUAGGUUUUGAGGAACCCUAGCUAUGUUUGUUUGAUUGGAUGAUUGUAUGAGUAAUCCUACUUGAUAAUCUUGAGUUCAUAUUCAAUCUAUGCAUGUUUUCAUGAUUCAAUUAUGCUUUAGUCUAGAUUAUUGAUUAUGCUUUGAUCCUAUGAGAGCGAAUACCUGAUUAGGUCAAUAGAGCACCAUAGAUUGAUAGUAUUGGAUUAAUUGCUUUAGUUGAGGGUUGAUUCACUACUUUGUAUCAAUUGAGAACCUCAUUCGAUAGAGGGAAUCUAGUUCAGAACGCCUUGGUCGAUUGUUCUAGAGAAGGAUACGUCCCUCUAGGCAAUUGACUCAAGAGGGCCUUGUUCCUUUAGUCGAGACUCAAGGUCUAGUUAAGGAUUCUCCGCAUUGUGAAUGAAAGUGAAACAGGUUA